AUGAAGGUAUGGUUGGAUGGAAUUUCUGCUAAACAAAACCAGCACUUAAAUAACCCUGCAAUUUGGGAUAUUAAUUUGACUCCAUUUAGCAGAGUUCAAAUACGAGAAAUUUCUGAAGUUAGACCGUCUUAUGCUUUUGGAGAGCUGAUGAGUACCACCACUUUAUUCUUUCCGCCAAAUUUAAAACCCCAUUUCGAUAUUGAGGCAAGACUCAAAAAUCUCCAGCGAAGGCUUCAAGUUCCCUUCGAUGGUUCUCUUGUGGAACAUCAAGAUGCCCUUAAACAGCUAUGGAGAUUAGCUUACCCUGACAGGGAUCUCCCACCCCUUAAGUCAGAGCUUUGGAAGGACAUGGGUUGGCAAGGAUCUGAUCCUUCAACAGAUUUCAGGGGUGGCGGUUACAUAUCAUUGGAGAAUCUUAUCUUUUAUGCUAAGAUGUACCCGGAUGCAUUUCAGAACUUGUUGCACAAAAGAGAUGGAAGCAGAGCUGAGUGGGAGUAUCCCUUUGCUGUAGCCGGCAUCAAUGUUUCGUUCAUGUUGGCACAAAUGUUGGAUCUGCAAUCAGGGAAGCCAAAUUCUUUGGCAGGAGUACGGUUCUUAGAGUUACUGAUCGAAGAUGAGAUGGCAUUUGACAACCUUUACUGUGUUGCCUUUCAAAUGAUGGACGCUCAGUGGCUAGCAAAGCGGGCUUCAUAUAUGGAAUUUAAUGAUGUUCUGAAGUCAACGAGGACACAGCUAGAGCGUGAGCUUGCGCUUGAGAAUGUAUCCUUUGUGAAAGAUUUACCGGCUUACAACCUGCUGCAACAACGAUUCUCAAAGUUUUAAUUUACUUGUUACGUGUUGUUGUUAAAUGUUAUUGCAAAAAACUAACAAUGUGAUCAUGUAUAGAAUUGUAAAUUCUGUUUAUUACGAAAAUCAUUCAUUGUUGGAUUAAUAAGAAGGUAGGUUCCUUAAAA